AUGAACUCGAGUAGGAAUUCUCGUCUAUCUUUCGGGUCGCACCCCGGGGACUCGCCUCUGUCGAUUCCCAGAGCCCCGAGUAUCCUGCGACAGUCCACCCGUCGUCCCCCUCAACCUCCAGCGCACGAUACGGAGAAAGAUGAGCUGCGGGUGCAGUGCAGUACCUUCAAAUACGAAUUGGAGAACAUCAAGCAAGAGAGAGAUCUCAUGGUGUUGCGCCAUGAAAAGGAGCUGCGGGAUCUACAAUCAAAGCGAGAUGCGGACUUUCGAAAAGCUCAGGCUGCGGAUACCUCCAGCCAUCGGGCCAACCACAAGUACGAAUCGCUCGCGAAGGAAAUGAAGGAGUAUCAAGAACAGGCGCUCAACGAUAAAGUCAGCCUGGAGCGGAAGAUCAGAACGCUUCAGGACCAGAACCAAAGUCUCCAGGAAGAUGUCGAAGAUAACAAAGCGCAAUCGCUUGACCACGAGAGACAAUACAAGUAUCAGCUCAACGAACUCGAAACAAUUCGGUCCUCUCUUCAGAAAACCGUCGAAGAAUUACAGAACGAUCUCCAGAAUGUGAGGAACGAAAUGCAAUCUACACAAGAACGGCUCCGUGAGAGAGAUGCCGAAUUCGUCAACUUGGAAACCGAGAAUAUCCGCUUGAAAGCCGAGGGGAGCGAUGCAGAGACCCUGGCCGUUCUUAAAAGGGAGCUCUCAGAGCAGGUCAACCAUAUCAGGAACCUGGAAACGUCAAAUCGCGACCAAACGGCGGAGUUGCGGCAACUUCGUAAAUCCCACAAGAACGUUGAGGUUGUCGAAGAACAGAAGAAAUCGCUGGAAAACCAAUUGCAGUUGAUGAAGGGGUUGGAAUCAGAACUGGGAACUUUGCAAAUUCAGAAGCAACUCCUAGAGGAUGAGAGGAAUUCCUGGGCCAGCCUUUUACAGGACAGCGAUCAGUCCGAAGAGUUUAAAUCCCCAGAAGAUGUUGCGAAGGCUUUGCUACGAGAACGCCUCGAAAAAGCCUCGUUAGUUGACAAACUAGGUAGCAUCGAGGCACAAUUCUUGGAGAAGGAUGAGACGAUCAAAGGCUUAGAAACCGAGAGGUCCAACUUGCGACAGGAGCUUGAAAAGCUUCGAAACGCAGGAGCUGCCCCCGGGGGCGCGAUGGCGGACAGUCGGGUCAAGGCCCGACUUGAACGUCAGCGAACACUCGCUGUGAAGGAAGUGGAGUAUCUUCGUGAGCAGUUGAAAACUUUCGAUGCGGAGGAAGCGACCAUGAACGAGCAGAGUCAAUUUGAUGAGCAGAAAUCCGAACAAAUCGCCAAUCUCCAGAAACUUAUCGACCAAUAUAGGAAGGAGUUGGAGCAGGCCCAUGAGGAGCUCUUCAAACGAGAAUCGGUUCCGCAAGAAGAUGCGCAACCGCGCGGCAUCAAACGCCCACUUUCCCCUGCUGAAAGCGAGGCCGAGAACGAGCGCGUCUCAGCCCUCUCUCGCAAGAACCGAACCCUUCAAGAAUCGCUGUCCAAAUCCGAGCAAGCGGCCGCCCUACUACGUAAAGAGUUUGAGGCCGCCAGAUCCCAACUCAAGUCUCUCAAAGCCAAGUCUCGCACGCGCGUUCUCGAGCUGCGCGACAACCCCACGGCAGAGGCCGAAAAGAUCAAGCUCUCCACCCUGGCCACGCUCAAGGCGGAAAACCAGGAUCUGCUCGCUCAGCUGCGCGGUGGCCAGGGAGAUGCCAACGUCGUCCCAAUCAGCACCCUGGAAAGCAUGAAGCUUGAGAUCCAAGACAUGGAGCGCACGGUCGCCGACAAAGAAAAGCGUAUGCGCCGCCUGAAGGAAAUUUGGACCGCCAAAUCCUCCGAGUUCCGCGAAGCCGUUGCCUCCCUGCUCGGCUAUAAGCUCGACUUCCUUCCGAACGGCCGCGUCCGCGUGACCUCCAUGUUCCAUCUGUCGCCGGCCUACCGACACGGUGAUGGCUCUGCGGACUCCGCCGGACCGGGCAGCAUGGGCAAUGGCGAGGAAAACUCCAUCAUCUUCGACGGUGAAAACGGAACGAUGAAGAUCUCUGGUGGGCCCAACAGUCUCUUCGCCAUGGAGAUCAAACCCCUGAUCAAAUUCUGGGUCGAGGAACGCAAAGACAUCCCGUGCUUCCUUGCUGCCAUGACGUUGGAUUUCUUUGAUAAGACCACACGGGCUGCACGCAUGUGA